GGUGAAGGAAUGAAGGUGGGGUGGGAGUGGGGCAAAUACUGGAGGGCGUGAGUCUAAUGGGCCAGGUCUGGGGCCUCACUUUUGUCCAGAGGCGCGGGUGAGGGGACCAUUGUCAUCGUUAUAUAAGUGUCCCCAGGCCUCCCUGCAGUUGCUCAGUGGUGGAGGUGGAUGGGGGAAGGGGAAGGGGAGGCUUCUCUCUCGGUCAGGUAAAUGGGCACCAGCCGCUAUGGGCACAGAGGCCGUAGGAGGAACUCAGGAGGGGUUCCACUGCUGGUUAGAGCUCAGCAAGCCCCUCCGCCAGGUUCUCCGAGCUCUCACCUGCCUCUCCCUCCUCCCCGGUCAGCUCAGGCCCCAGUGAGGGCCACAUUCUCACGAAGGCUGUCCUGCUGGCCUGUGGACACACUCACAGGGCAGCAAUGCCACCAAUACCCACUGAUCACCAUGGUCAGGCUGGGGAGGGACGGUGGGAACCUGCCCCAGGGUCGGUUGGAGGUGUUGGGCUGCGCUGGGGACCAUGGCAGACCCUACUGGUCACUCUGUGUCCUCUGGGCCUGCGGAGGUUAGCUGGGCUGUAGCUCAGCCUCUCACAGCUUCUCCUUCAGGCUGGACAAGGAGGGGGCCCAGGGUCCACUCAGGGCCCUGGUCUGGGGUCUCCCUGGAGACUCCUGGUAACAAACGGCCCCUCCCCUUCUGGGUGCUGGUAUCCAUGGCAACACUGUAGAGCCUUUCUCUCCCCAGGCCUGCUUGGAUUUCAGGCCUCAGGUGAGUGUUGGCGGGAGGGCCCUGGGUCUGAGGGGGACAGGGACAUCACCGGCAAAGGACUAGCACCUUUGGGGACACUUGCACUAGGCUGGGGGGCAGGAUUACAGCUCCUGGAGGGCAAGGGUGACUGGGGGGAGAUGACAAGGAAUGUGUGAACACCCAAGUGAUAUGGUGCCAGGGGUGGGGGUGACCUGCUGCCCUGGCCUGGUGAGAAACACGCAGGUGUGGACACCCACGUGACUGGCAGUGUGCUGUCCUGUGGGGCAGACACACACACACACACACACACACACACACACACACACACACACACACACACACACACACACACACACACACACCUUCUUGGAGAGUGACGCCCUGUGAGCCAGCGGUACCAUCUCGGGGCUGCCAUACACACGCACGUGCGCUGGCCAUGUAAGGAGAGCCCUGCAGGGGUGCCCACACACGGGACCCAGGGCAGCCCUACCAUCCUUCCUCUGAGCUCCCUCAACAUCAAGAAUGGACCCUGAGUCUUGUCAGGAGGCUGAAGAUGCCGAGGAAAAGGCUUUCCCAUCCCUGGUGGACCGAGAACUGGUCAGCGGCCACGUGGGGCCCCCAGCCAGCGCCUCUCCUGACCGUGGGGCUCCCGCAUGCCCUCAGGACACCAAGCCCAGCUCCACCAGGAUGGUCUCCUCUGUCAACCCGCAGUAAGGAGGGGAGGGGGGAGGUCAGCCGCUUGGGCCAGGCCAGCCAGAGAGCAGGGCCUGAUCAAGUGGAAGGAGCGCUGGCCUUUCAGGUCUGCCCCGGAGUCUCUGGACCCCCGCACUCUGCGGCUGCUGUGGAGGCAGCGAGAACUGGAGAUCCAGGCCCUGCGGUGGGCGAUCGAGAACCACCGGGAGGCCCGACACUGCCGUAUCCUGCAGGAAGUGGCUGGGCUUCCAGCUGAGAGGAGCUCGUGCAGCCGGAAGCUCUUGCAAAACCAGGUCCAAAAGCUGACUCUGGAGUUGGAAGAGCAGAAGGGACAGGCCCAGCUGGAGAAGGCACACCUGGAGGAGCGGCUGCUGCAGACCAGAAACACGCUGCGGCAGCUGGAGGCAGAGUUGCAGGCCUUGCAGAAGUCCUGCCUCCUGCAGCUGGCCCGCUCCUCCUGGGUGGGCCGCAUGCUGCGGUCUUCCACGGGCAGUGUGGAGGUGGUGACGGCAGAGACCCUGAUGGACCCCAGUGACCUCUCUGAGAACGAUCGGCCCCCCACUGCUGAGGAGGGUUUCCGGCUGGAGAGUGUGGACUGGAACAGCGUCGCCCACCGGUACCCCAACCUCUUCACCAACCUCGAGUCCAGCUCAGAUCAACAGCACCCCUGGGCCCCGCCGCUCCCGGAGCUCCCACCAGCCACACAGCCUGACCAGUGGAACUCAGAGCUGUACUGCCGGCAGAGUGAGCAUCGUCUCAAGAGCGUCGAGUGGAGCUCCCUGCCCCUGGUGGGCACCAGCAGCUCCGGGGGUGCCGACUCUGAGUCCAGCAGCUGCCUGCUGGCUGCACGUUACCAUGUGCAGAAAGUGACAGAGGACCCUCUCCAGGCGCCAGGCCACAUUGCUGAGCAGAAGGGGGCACAGAGCCUCUGCGGGGACAGUCGAGCAACAUGGGAAGGCCGCCUCUCCCUGGAUCUCCGGAAAACCCACUCGGACAGGCAGGGCAAGAAUGGCCAGGAGCCUGAGUCCCGUGCGGAUCCCCACCCCCGGCAUUACGGGCGCUGUCCAAGCCCCACGGGCUCCUGCCUGAAGAUCAUGGCGGUGAGCCACCGCCGGGGGUUCGUGCGCAUCCUCAACCAGUCGCUGGAGGAGACGGCCGACCUGGGUGGCUUCGUGCUGCAGCAGCUGGUGCGCGACUUCCCCGUGUGCAUGUACCGCUUCCCGCCCAGCACGCUGCUGGAGCCAAGGCAACACAUCACGGUGUGGGGCGAGGCGCCCAGCAGCACCAAGCGGCAGCCACCCUUCUCCUUGGGCCAGGAGCCCGUCCACUUCCACUCCAGCCGGGGCUGCGUGACCCUCCUCCUGAACCCCCAAGGCGAGGUCCUCAGCGAGCACCAGGCCGCUCACUGCGUGACCCCCGUGUGCAGGAUCUUCGCCGACAACACCGACUUGUCCAUCGACCGUUUCCCGCUCUCAGAGGCCCGGCCCGGUGCCGACCUCGCGGAGCGGCAGCCCCUGCCUCGACCCCCGCGCAAGGGUCGGGUGCAGGAGGCCCGGGCCGGGCGCCGGAGGCCGGGGACGCGGGUUCAGUUGCCCCGCCUGAGCACCAGAAAGCUCCUCCGCCAGCGAGAGGUGCCAGGGCGGCCCGAGGGCGCCGCCGAGACCCACCCAGAGCUCCUGCCCUCCAGCCCCAUCCCCGUCCCCGAGGCCGCGCUGGGCCUCGAGGACUGCCAGGCUAGGAAGGAACACAAGGUCCGGGUGAGUGCUGGCGCGGGCGUCCGGGCAGCCCCCGCCCCGCCCCGGCCCCGCCCUGCGGCCACUCAGGCUCCGCCCCCCCAGGUGGGCCGGAAGAGCGUGGACCGCGGCUGUCCGAUGGUGGCGCUGUCGGUGCAGAGCACGGCCGAGAGCAGGUUCGGCUUCCGCUUCCUCAGCUGCCCGCCCAUCACCGCGGACUCGCGCUGGCCGGUGUAGGGCCGGGCGGGGCGGCGGCAGCGGCGCCUGUGCUCCCGCGUCUCCACGACGGUGGCUGCGGGGCGGGGCGGGGAGAAAACGCCGGAGACAGGCGGUGCCAGCUGCAUAGUUUAUUGAACCAACGCCGCCUACCAAGUA